GCGCGGGGGUGUUUGCCUUCCCUCUUCUUGCUCACUAUAAAUAGUCCCUUCACACACGCAACACACCCCACGCAAACAAGGCCUUCCUUUCCAGUUAGCCUGUAGAUCUGCCAGUGAUGGAGAGGCUCAACACCAAGCUGUUCUGGGAGAACUGUUACAUAAUGAAAGAGAACGAGAGGCUAAGGAAGAAGGCGCAGCUCCUGAACCAGGAGAACCAGGCACUCUUGUCCGAGCUGAAACAGAAGCUGGCCAAAUCCAACGCCAACUCCAAGAUCAAUAACAUCACAGACCUCAACGCGUGCCCGACUCCAAAAAAGACCCCCAACGCCAGCAAGCCUCGCACCACGUACUGAAGGCAGGCAGGCAGGCAUUUUGGACGUUCCCGACGAAUCAUCUCUGUAGCUGAAUCAGUUCAGCCAACAGGCUGUUAUGUAUAUUUUUCCUAUCUAGCUUUCUAAUGAAUAAGAAAUCUAGCUUAUAUAUAUAUAUAUAU